AUGCUUUUGAAUCUAUUCUCGAUUUUAGUUCUCUGAACAACUGUGCGCCGUGUUGUGCGUCUCCGAUCUCCAGCCUCCUCUGAUUGCACAAGAUGGACCAUUCUCACUUACUGUCAAAUACCGUGCAGCUUUACAAGCCUGGAUUGGUUGGAAUCUUUGGUCAGAUUGCGAAGGGAUUCCCGGACCCAAUUAUAUUAGCCGGUGGAAUUCCAAAUCCUAUAUUGUUCCCAUUCAAGAAUAUGACAAUCACAACGAGGGACGGACGAGAGAUUAUCAUCGACGAGUCCUUGAUGGCCGAAUGCCAACAGUACGGGACUGCAAUGGGACACGGACCUCUGAUGGAGCAGCUCAGGACCCUGACGAAGAGACUCCACGACCCCCCACGAUGGCGAGAGAGAGAGAUACUCGUCCUACCGGGCUCCCAGAUGGGCAUCAGCCUCGCUCUCAAGAUGUUGGUCAACCCCGAGGAUUUCGUCAUCUUCGAUGAACCGGUGUACUAUGGGGUUCUAGCCUCGUUGCAGUUUCUUCGCCAUCAAGUUGCUACUGUCAAGUGUGAUUCUGACGGGAUGAGACCAGAUGACCUAGAAGAGGUGUUGGAGAAUUGCAGGUCGUCCUCGAAAGGGAAGCCUAAGGUCUUGUGCGUGAACCCUUCUGGGAAAAACCCAAGCGGUGUUGUGUACAGCGAAACCCGAAGGCGCCUCAUAUAUGAGAUAGCAUGCCGUCACGAUCUCAUCAUUCUGGAAGACGACCCUUACUAUUUGCUGGAGUUUGGCGAGACUUUGUCAACAUCCUUCCUUCGCCUGGACACUGACGGCCGAGUGAUCAGGUUAGACUCCUUCUCGAAGAUCGUCAGCGCAGGAAUACGACUUGGCUAUGCAACAGGACCCAAGGGUCUCAUAGACAAGAUGAGACUGCUGCUGAUUUCAUCCGUGAUCCAUACUUCCUUAGUAGGCCAGGUUUGUGUAAGUAAGUGGCUGGAUACUGUGGGCAUAGACGGCUUUCUGGAAAAUGCCAAAGGCACAGCAAAGUUCUACAAGGACAGAAGAAAUCUCGCCGUCAAAGCUGCAGAAAAGCAUCUGAAAGGCUUGUGUGAAUGGAACGUACCUGCUGGAGGAAUGUAUCUUUGGCUGAAGGUAACGGACGUUGCUGACACGAAAAAAUUAACUCUUGUCCGUGGUCCCGAAAAAGGAGUCCUAGCCCUACCGGGUUUGGCGUUUUUCGUGCACCAGGACAGACCAACUCCAUUCCUGAGACUCUCCUAUGCUGGCAUCGACCCCCACAAAGUGGACGAAGGCUUCAAGAUGCUCGCCGAAGCCAUACGAGAGGAGAUGAAGGAAGAGAAGAGACGGACAUCUCUCCAACCCUUGGCGGCUCGGUACCGGCUCCUCUUCAGCACGAUGGAUUAUUCCAGAUUCUUCGCAUCAAUUAUGUCCAAAGUCGACUCCCACGGUAUCUGGAACGAACUUGACAGGAUAAACAAUCCAGAAAAACCAGCGCCUUUUGAAAUGCUGUACGGAAAACCGAACCCGGCGACCUUUCCGUUCGUGAAGGCCAAAGUGACCCUGAAGAAUGACCAGAUAUUCGACAUCAACCCUGAAGUGAUGGCUGUGCUUCAGCAGUACUGUAAUGUCAGUGGAUAUCGGCCCCUGGUACAGCAUAUUCGAGCCUUGACGGAGCGAGUUCACGAUCCCCCCCUGUGGGGCGAUCGCAAGGUGAUCGUCACGACAGGAGCCCUGAACGCCCUUAGUAAAAUCUUCGAGAUGCUACUCGACGAAGGGGACACGGUCUUCGUUCCGAUGAACUGCUAUCAGGGAGUCAACGCCGCGGGAGCGCCCCUUCAACCGAAUUUCUCAAGCAUACAGACAGACAGAGGAGGAAUUGUCCCCGAUAGCCUCCAACAGGCUUUGAUUGACUGCCAGAAAUCCAAGGGUGUCCCAAAGUUUCUGUAUGUGAAUCCUGGAGGAAGCAACCCAGAUGGAACUGUCCUAAGCGAAUCCAGGAGACGAAGGAUCUACGAUCUUGCUUGCCAGCAUGAUAUCCUUAUUGUUGAAGACGACCCUUACUAUUUUUUGCAGUUUUGUGACGAGGUUCCAUCCAGUUUCCUUCAGUUGGAUACCGAAGGUAGGGUCCUACGCUUGGAGUCCUUCUCGAAGACCCUUGGCGGGGGAUUGAGGUUGGGUUUCGCCAUAAUACCAAACCACUUUGCCCCGACUCUAAGCAUACUGUUUCAGGAGUCUAUCAUGCACACUUCGAUGUUUCCACAGGUGCUGGCCAGCCGUUUGUUCGACACCUGGGGUCUUGAUGGUUAUUUGAAGGAAACUGAAAGGACACGGGAGUUCUACAGAAAGCAAAGAGACAUGGCACUCCAAGCUGCUGAGAAGCAUUUAAAAGGGUUGUGCGAAUGGACAACGCCAUUGGGCGGCUUCUUCCUGUGGCUCAAGGUCCCGAAACUCAAAGAUACCAGGAACCUGCUGCUAGAAUGUGGCAGGGAGAGAGGCGUGGUGUUGGUGCCUGGCUGCGGCUUCCUCGCGGAUCAUAGCAAGCCGUCGCAAUUCAUGAGGGCGUCCUACUCGAAAGCAGAUGGAAAGGAUUUAGAUAAGGCAUUCAGGAUACUAGCUGAAGCAAUCCGAGAGGAGAUCAAGAAAGAAGAAUCGAAAUGACAUAUCGAGGUGCAGGAAAUGCAUUUAAAUCUUACAUCCAUCGAGAGCUGGACACAGGAAUUCGUCCACACAACGUCAAUAUAAGAAAUCAAACUCUAUUUAACAGACUUUAGAGCGUUAUUGUACAGCUCGCCAAUACCCCCCUUCAUUUUACUGUACCCCUGCUAUUUCAACCCAGUUGUCAGGUGGAUGUUCAAUAUCCAGUGCAUGUGGUUCAGAUGACCAAAUAAUUUACUUCAAAUAACUAAUA